AUGGCAAAGCCUAAAAGUGAGAGUCUGCCAAACCGGCACGCGUACACGCGCGUCUCCUACCUGCACCAGGCCGCCUCGUACCUGGCUACUGUGCAGUCGCGGCCUGGCACUGACUCAACCUCCAACUCAUCGCAGGCUCACGAUGCUCCUCGUGUCACCAGUCUCGGGAAGCACUCGACGAUGAGAACAACCGAUACAGUUGCCCGGCGUUUCGUUUCCGACAUCCGGGCCGUCUCCCUCAAGGCCCAGAUCCGCCCGAGCCCGUUGCUCAAGCAGAUGAUGUGCAAGUACUGUGACUCUCUGCUCGUGGAGGGGAAGACGUGCUCCACGAGGGUUGAGAACAUGAGCAAGGGCGGCAAGAAGCCCUGGGCCGAUGUCAUGGUCACCAAGUGCCAGACUUGCGGCAACGUCAAGCGGUUCCCGGUCAGCGCGCCCAGGCAAAAGCGGCGGCCGUUUCGAGAGCCAAAGGUCGUGGGAGAGCAAGAAGCGACGCCUGCAGUUUCUGACAUGUCGACUGGAAAUGAUUGA